AUGGUUGCCUUCUUCCGCCGGGCUAAUACAACUUCUCCAGCUGGAGACAAUAUUGAGGCUGAUGCUGGCAACCCAGAUCACUCUGAUAGUACUACUGCUGCAGAUGAAGUCAAUAAUCUUGGCGAAUAUGCAGCUUUGGAAAGGUAUAUUAGCAUUUACCGCGAUGGCGCCAACUGUAACGAAGAGGCUUUGCCAGACGACGAUGAGACAGGAGGGAGACGAUGGUGGCGGUUUUGGAAGAGACGCCGGGAUCAGAAAAAUUCAGCAACCUCGGACAGAACAACAGCAACAGAAUCAUGGCUUGAAACUGAUAUCCGCAGUGGCCUUCGAUCCUCUGAUGUUGAUGAGCGCAGGAUGCAAUCAGGCUGGAACGAAUUGUCCGCAGAGAAAGAAAACCCGGUUGCCAAAUUCUUCGGCUUUUUCACCGGCCCUAUCUUAUACGUUAUGGAGGCUGCAGCUUUGCUCGCAAUAGGGCUGCGAGACUGGAUCGACUUCGGUGUUAUCAUCGGUAUUCUCUUUCUCAACGCAUUCGUCGGGUUUUACCAAGAAAAACAGGCCGCAGACAUUGUUGCCAGCUUAAAGGGUGAUAUUGCUAUGCGCUGUACGGUAAUCAGAGACUCCCAGGAGCAGAAUAUUCUUGCUAGAGAGCUGGUACCUGGAGAUAUUAUUCUUGUUCAGGAAGGUGACACAGUCGCGGCCGACGCACAAUUGAUAUGCGACUACAACCGCCCGGAGGACUUCGACUUGUAUAAGCAGCUCAAAGCCGAAGACAAACUUGGAAACAGCGAUUCAGAGGACCAUGACAUGGAAGGAGACGAUCAAGAGACCCGCCGCGACUCUGAAGCAAUUGUCGCCGGUCACCGUAACAACUCUCUUGUUGCAGUCGAUCAGUCUGCUAUUACUGGGGAGUCUUUAGCAGUCGACAAGUAUCUCGGGGAUACAGUCUACUACACGACAGGAUGCAAACGCGGCAAGGCAUAUGCCAUAGUUACCGCCACCGCUAAGCAGUCCUUUGUCGGUCGCACAGCUGAACUUGUCCAAGGGGCGAAGGACCAGGGACACUUCAAGGCGGUCAUGAAUAAGAUCGGGAUAUCGUUACUCAUUUUAGUCAUGUUCUGGAUCUUGGCAGCUUGGAUUGGUGGUUUUUAUCAUCACAUUAAGAUCGCGGAGCCCGGUUCGCAGAAUUUGCUUCAUUACGCACUGGUGCUUCUCAUCAUCGGUGUGCCAGUUGGUUUGCCCGUCGUCACCACGACGACUCUCGCUGUCGGAGCCGCGUAUCUCGCGAAGCAGAAGGCGAUUGUUCAAAAGCUCACAGCCAUCGAGUCCCUUGCUGGUGUCGACAUACUAUGUUCUGACAAAACGGGUACCUUGACCGCAAACAAGCUGAGCAUCCGAGACCCUUUUGUCUCUGAGGGUCAGGAUGUCAAUUGGAUGAUGGCCGUGGCUGCUCUGGCGUCGUCGCAUAACUUACAGUCGCUGGACCCGAUUGACAAAGUAACUAUUCUCACUCUUAAACGAUACCCCAAGGCUCGCGAAAUCUUGCAGGAAGGGUGGGUGACAGAAAAGUUCACGCCGUUUGACCCUGUCUCCAAGCGAAUUACUUCUGUGUGUCGCCUUGGCGAUGAUCAGUACACUUGCGCGAAAGGAGCGCCGAGAGCCAUCCUUAAGUUGGCCAACUGUGGCAGCGAUGUCAGCGACAUGUACCGCGAGAAGGCACAGGAGUUUGCCCGGCGUGGCUUUCGAUCCCUGGGUGUCGCAUGUAAGAAGAAUAAUGAAGAUUGGGUUCUCCUGGGGCUGCUCUCCAUGUUUGAUCCCCCUCGAGAAGACACGGCUCAGACGAUCAUCGAAGCUGCACAGCUCGGCGUUCCGGUGAAAAUGUUAACAGGGGAUGCUAUUGCAAUUGCCAAAGAAACAUGUAAAAUGUUGUCCCUUGGGACCAAAGUUUACAACUCGGAAAAGCUUAUGCACGGGGGGUUGACAGGAAGUGUACAGCAUGAUUUCGUGGAGCGUGCAGAUGGAUUUGCAGAAGUCUUUCCAGAGCAUAAGUACACUGUCGUGGAGAUGUUACAGCAACGAGGACAUCUUACGGCCAUGACUGGAGACGGCGUUAAUGAUGCCCCUUCACUUAAAAAAGCUGACUGCGGCAUUGCGGUAGAAGGCUCCUCAGAAGCGGCCCAAGCCGCAGCCGACAUCAUCUUCCUCGCCCCUGGUUUGAGCACAAUCGUGUUAGCCAUCAAGACCUCCAGGCAGAUUUUCCAACGCAUGAAGGCAUAUAUUGAAUAUCGUAUUGCCCUCUGUUUGCACCUCGAAAUCUACCUUACACUAUCUAUGAUUAUUAUCAAUGAGACGAUUGAGGUCGACUUGAUCGUAUUCCUCGCCUUAUUUGCUGACCUGGCUACGGUUGCGGUAGCCUACGACAACGCAUACUGGGAACCUCGACCGGUGGAGUGGCAACUACCAAAGAUCUGGUUUGUGAGUGUAACGUUGGGCAUACUUCUCGCAAUCGGAACCUGGAUUAUUCGUGGCACAAUGUAUCUCCCGAAUGGGGGUAUUAUUGAGAACUUUGGCUCUGUACAAGAGGUUUUGUUUCUUGAAAUUGCCCUUACCGAGAACUGGUUAAUAUUCGUCACGCGGGGGGGCAAAACUUGGCCAUCUUGGCAGCUCGUGGUUGCCAUCCUCGGUGUGGAUGUUCUUGCUACGUUGUUUUGCUUGUUCGGUUGGCUGUCCGGUAGAACAGAGAUCGACUCCCCAGUUGACCCAUGGCACCAGAGGCCGGAUGGGUGGACCGAUAUAGUCACCGUUGUGGUCAUUUGGUGUUACUCAUUUGGUGUUACUGUCUUUAUUGCCAUUGUCUAUUACAUGCUGAACAAGAUUCCCUGGCUAAAUGAUCUCGGACGGAAGGACCGCCAGAAGAAGGACACCGUUGCUGAGAACAUCAUCGGACACUUGCAAAAGCUUGCCUUAGAGCACGAAUACGAUGAGAGGACAGGGAAGGAUAGGUACCUACUUACGGAGAAAACUGCUGAUGAAGAGGAAGAGCUUUAA